AUUCUGCACAUGUAAUUCACAUUAAUAUUUUUAGUGUGCUCAAGUAGAAUUUCGCGGCACCUUUCGCGUAUCUAUAUAAAGCGCAAUACGCCGGGCGGACAUCCCACGUCUUAGUGUUACAUAGUAGUAUAGCACAUACUUCUUAAUUCCGUAGUAAACACGAAGCACAAAAAUGUCGUCCAACGUGUUUGGGAUUCCAAUCACCGACGAAUACAUAAACGGAUUGCCGGGCGCUCCUGACAUCAUAACGCCGGCGGUGAGGGCGCAGUAUGCCAUGAACUACAUCAACGACGGCAGCAAGAACGUCGAAGCGCAGACCUACGUCGACAACCUCAAAUCCCAGUACGGCAGCGGAAUCACCUGCCGUGUCGUGUUUUACAACGCCACCGGCGGCAACCUCACCUACGUCACCGCCCACGACUACCACGGCCACAUCGGCGCCGCCCCUUACCCUCUCAAGUUGCAGAACGGCCAGUGGGGCGCCUUUCUCCACGUCCAUGGAACCCUGGUUGGAUGCUCCGGCGCCGCCGUCUACGACGGUGUGAACGGAGAUGGAGAUGGCCGCGACUGGAUGAUGGCUUGGUCCAUCCCUCUCAUCGGACAUAACCACUCCUUUACUGAAGUACGUGCUUCUGGUCACUACACUUCGGAUGUUUGGAGCAUAAUUUCUAAAAGUAUGGAAAAUGCUGGACUUGAAACAGAAGACACUUGGGGUGGAUGUUCCUCAAAAACAAUAAUUGGUGAAGGAACUUCUCCGGCUUAUUCUGCAAUAUUUACAUUGGAAGGCACUACGUUCCUAACCUAAUGGGGUGGAGUGCUUUAAUUGCAUUUUAGCAACUAUGAACAAUUAUGUAACACACGUUGCGUGUCUUUAUAAUCACAUGAUCUCUAAUAACAUAAUUGUUAUCAAUAAUCAAUAAUGUUACUCUCCAUAAUCUAUUGCAAUGUGAUAAAAAAAUAUUUCAAUUA